AUCCUGUUCCAACAAUCUGACCUCAAUCCAACUCAGCCAGAACCAUCACGCCAGAUAUGUCACGCGCCAACAAAAAGAGCUUCCUUUGGUGUUUGUGUGCUCCGCUGCAGCGCUCAGAGGCUACUGUUGUGUGGAUGUUGGGCCUGGCUUGGUGUUUGCAUUCUUUUGGGUUCAUCGAGUUUCUUGGAAGACCACACGCUGGAUAGAGGAGGUGCAGGAGGGAGAUUCAGGGCGCUGGGCUUUAAAAAACAGCAACUGUGUUGGUAAGAUAGCGAGGGUAAGGGGAGGGCAGCACGGACAGAGAGAACUUGGAGGGAAGGCAGAGAAUGUGCACAAGUCAAACACACUGUUUUAUAAAGCCAGAGAUGCUUCGAAGAAGAAAUCACUCAGAGAUCUUUGACAAAAAAAAGUUCAGCUAAAGAAUUAAAUCAUUUAUGGUGCUUUACUUCAGGCAGAAACAAACUGGAUUUACUUACUGGGAUUGUUGUAAACUUGACAAAGAGAAUCCCCCUGAAAAAGAAACAAAACCCUGACCAAUUAGCAAACAUUUAAUGAGUUUAUUUGGUUAAAUAUUCAUACUGUGGCUCAGUGACAUCUGCUUACAGUUGAAUCUUUUUUGUGCUUUUUAGCUGCAAACUUAAUUUAAUGUAAUCAAUCUACUUUAGAGCAUUUGAAAUAAUUGUUUUUAUAGGCCAAAUCUCCCACACUUUUUCAACUUGGAACUGUUGCAAUUGAACUUUUUUUUUUUUUGUUACUUUUUUGAUGGGAAUCGUGAGCUCAGGGAGACUUCUGCUAUUUCAGCUGUGGAAGCAGGAGGAGGGGGAGACAUGCCAGCACUGACCGCAGAGAGAGAAGGUCGCUGCUGGGGCCAGAACCAGAACCCACGUCUCCCUGGAGGCCGACCCAAAGAUAAGACAGCAACCACUCUAUGUGUUCCUGCUGUGACGAGGGCAGGGGCACGGAAAUGGAUCAUAUCAGCAGGUGGAACCUCUUUCUUUUUUCUUUUUUUUAUGUCAAUCAUACUUUUAGAGACAGCCAUGCAUACAAGAAUUCUCCAAAUUAUGUUUUUAUGCCGAGAAACAAAAAUGAACAAAGGAUUAAAAGUGUAAUGGAAACAAGUGCAGCACAGACUAAUGGGUGUUUGGAUUAAUAUGUCAAGAGUCACCUCAUUAUUUAGGAAGGUAAUGAUGGGGGGAAGAACUGACAGGGGGGUAAAUAUGGAGAGUCUGGUGCUUUUCUCUGUUUCUGCAUGUGCCAUAGCAACUACUGAAAAUGACCAGAUGACAAAAGACAAAACUUUCCUGUUUCCAUGUUGGAGUUGUUAUACCAGAGAAGGGAAAGAGUGACUGUGGUUUACAGUCACCUGUGAACAGUUAAAAUGAGGAAAAAUAUAUAUAUGAUCUCAAUUUUCUCUAUGGACACAAUUGACUUUUAUUUUGAAAGGUUUAUAGAGAAGUUUAUAUGGUGUGCUAAUCAACUGCUUCGGUUUAUUAUACUUGAGGAAAAAAUGAAAGGGGUUGCAUGCCUUAAAAAUGUGGGAAUCACGCGUCAUGACGCGCGCAAGUUUUGGAACAAACGGUGGGGCUUUCAGGGGGCGUGGUCAGGGGCGGGACUUUUCCGGAGCGGUCAAGAUGAGAAUAAAAUGUGGAUAAAUGAUGCUUUAGCUGCAGAAAACUCCCAAAGAGGAAAGAGUGAUUUUAGUUUCAACAACAACAAAAGAAAAAAUAUUACUUUAAAAAAUAUAUAUAUUUUUUUCUUUUGAAAAAAUUGUCAGAAAGAGUGAUUCCAGCUGCACCUGAGCUGCGCGACUUUGGAGGCGGAUUUUCUUUCCUUCUCCCUCCGUCUUUGCUGAAGUUUUCCCUCACAGCGGGAUCUCUGAGGACUCCAAGAAGCGGGCACCAUUCCAUUUCAUUAAAGGUAAAUUAUUUCCACAGUCUGCAUUAAAUCACAUCAUUCUGCUUCUGUUUCAUUAUGCAUUUCUCCUCACAUUUUCCAUUACAUAUAGACUCGUUCCAGCAGCCUGUGCCAGCGCGCGCCUGCAUACCACAAAGUUCAAGUAAGUUUACUGAAAGCUUUCUCAGUGCAGGAGCAUCUUUUUUUUUUUUUUUUUUUUUUUUUUUGCAGCAUCCUUUCCUCUUAACUCUUAACUGCAGCUGUUCUUAUUUGCUGCAGAGUUUCUGUUAAUGAUGUUAAUAUAAGUAUUAGAUUUAGACUUUGGAUUAAAGUUUGGAAACUCUUCAAGGACACUUGGAAAUCUUUAUUUCUUUAUUCCAGUCAUUCCUGCCAGUUUACACUCUGUGAACCCCAUUAGCUUGCUCAUGGCAUUUCACCAAGAAAAAUGCACUGUCCACACCAAGAUCAAUAUUGACACGGGUUACUCAGCAAAUCUGAUAGAGAACGUUAAUUGUAGUCCUUUCAAUAACUGUGUUUUCUCCUGUGCUCUUGAUCCUCUGCCAGCUCAGCACCGUGAAUAAAAAGUCUGCUGACACAAAAACUUCUCCAUCACAGUUUAAGAGAACCUCUCUUUAUCUCUGUAAGGAUGAGUCAAGUGUCCCCUCAACGCCAGAGAGGCGUCUGUUUGCUGCUGCUCCUCCACACAUGCACGGCUAUGGUGAUGCUCCCAAACUCCACCGGCUGGGAGAAGAUUUUGGACAAAUAUCUGGAUGAGGAUGGCGACUGGUGGGAGGCCAAACAGAGGGGCAAGAGAGCCAUCACUGACAGUGAUGCUCAGCUCAUUGUGGACCUUCACAAUAAGCUCAGAGGGCAGGUUUACCCUCCUGCUUCCAACAUGGAGUACAUGGUGUGGGACACGGAGCUUGAACGCUCAGCGGAGGAAUGGGCAGAAACCUGCCUGUGGGAGCACGGUCCUGCCGGUUUACUGCCACAGAUUGGGCAGAAUCUGGGCGCACACUGGGGAAGAUAUCGGCCACCUACGUUCCAUGUUCAGGCUUGGUACGAUGAGGUGAAAGACUACUCCUUCCCUUAUCCUCAGGAGUGUAACCCCUACUGUCCCUUCAGAUGCUCUGGUCCUGUUUGUACACAUUACACACAGCUGGUUUGGGCCACUAGCAGUCGCAUCGGCUGUGCCAUAAACCUUUGCCACAACAUGGAUGUCUGGGGACAGAUUUGGGCCAAAGCUGUGUAUCUUGUCUGUAAUUAUUCACCAAAGGGGAACUGGUGGGGCCACGCACCGUACAAACAUGGGACCCCAUGCUCUGCUUGUCCUCCGAGCUAUGGAGGAGGAUGCAGGGACAAUCUCUGCUACAAAGAUGAUAGUCCCUACUCCCAGUUCGAGGAAACCGAAGAAAAUAACUUCAUUGAGCCUGAAACUCCUCUUUCUGCGAAACCCUGGUCCCGGGCCUCCAACCCUGCGCCUCCUGGUCUCCCUACCCCAACCCGGGCCCCCUCCAACGCUCCCAUAGAGGACCUGCCGAAGAAUGAAGUGGUCAACACACAGCAGAUGUCUCAGCUUGUGACCUGCGACACAAAGCUGCGGGAUCAGUGUAAAGGAACUCCAUGCAAUAGGUAUGAGUGUCCAGCUGGAUGCCUGGAUGCAAAAGGAAAGGUCGUUGGGACUAUUUACUAUGAAAUGCACUCGAGUGUGUGCAGAGCAGGCCUACACGCUGGUGUCAUUGAUAAUGAUGGCGGAUGGUUGGACGUAACCAGGCAAGGCAGGAAGGACUUUUUCAUCAAAUCCAACAAGAACAGCGUCCAGUCUCUGGGGAAAUACCAAAGUGCUAAUUCCUUCACUGUUUCUAAAGUGGCAGUAAAAGCUAUUACAUGUGAGACCACAGUAGCACAGUUGUGUCCAUAUGAAAAGCCUGCAACACACUGUCCAAGGUUGUAUUGUCCAAGAAACUGUUUAGAGGACAAUCCCCGCAUCUCCAGAGUAAUUGGAACCAAAAUAUACUCUGACAAAUCCAGUAUAUGCCGAGCUGCAGUCCACGCCGGGGUGAUUAGAAACGAUUCGGGAGGCUACAUCGAUGUGAUGCCCGUGGAGAAGCGCAGACACUACACUGCCUCGAACCAAAACGGCGUUUUCUCAGAGAGCCUUCAAAACCCUCCUGGAGGAAGGGCGUUCAGGGUCUUCGCUGUGAUAUGAAGGCUGUUUACCGAGAAGGCUCUUUGAUGAUCGAGCUUUGUCAAAAUCCAGAACUGUUUCCGGCUCUGCCGCAAAUGAAAGAUUAGAGAUUGAUAUAAUGACACCAAGUCAGCAACAGAACCAACAAUCAGAAGCUGUUUGCGUAUUUCCGCUUCAGAGGGAAUUUUAAU